ACAACACACAUCCUGUCCUGGAGGAGGAGGGGGAGGCGCUGUGUGAUCGAGGGUGAGGCUGGCAGUGUGACUGAAGGAGAACCAGAGAUAGAGGAGGACAGAAAGCAGGAGUAACAAACAAGAAGAGGAGAAACUGGAAAGAACGAGAAAAAGGAGGAAAGAACAGAGCAAAGAGGAGCAGGAGGGAGGAGGAAGGAGGAGAAACUGACUGGACUGUGACACCAUCACCAGAGGGGUGGAGCUAGAGGAUAUGGCGUUUCAGCUCUGCAGCUGUUGGACUUUGCAUCUUUGCAUCUUUGUCUUCCUGCUAAGAAAUAUUUCCUCUGCCCCGUCUUCACAAUACACCCUGAACCACAACAAACUCAGCUUCAACAAUGCCGCUAAGAAGUGUCCCGGCAGCAGUGUCCUCACCACCAUCGCCACCCAACAGGAAGUGGAUGAAAUCCUCAAGCUCAUCUUCAAAUCAGCGCCGUUUCAAAACGAGUUCACCUUCUGGGUCGGGCUGAGAAUCACCAGCUCAGAGUGUAUAGACAGGUCCAAGCCACUGAGGGGAUUCAAGUGGUUAGAGAACAACAGCGAGGAGUCAGAGGUGAGCCAAUGGGCGGAGGACCCAGAACACACCUGUACCACAGACCGGUGUGCGGCGCUGAAGGGACAGUUUGAUGGGUCGAAUGUGACCUGGGGUCUGAUUCCUUUAAACUGCCAUAAGGACAAAAACGCUUUUAUCUGCAAAGUGAAGGAUGGGGACACCACCAUCAGGCUAGGAUCAGAGCCACCUCCACCUGAGGACACACCUAUAAAACCAUCAAAACCACAGCGUGAACCUGGAUUGAUUAACGACUCUCAUUCCGCAGAGCUGCGUUCAUGCCAGCGCCCCUCUAUCCCCGAGGCUCGCUCACUCAAAAUGCUCUCGGGUAACAUGAAGAUCCAGGUGCAGUGCUGGUCCUCCAUUCGUUUUGACCUGGUCUGCUCAGGAGAACCCACCGUGUGGCGAUUGGAGAACGGAGCCCUGGCCAACAUCACUGCCAUCAAAAUAGAGUGUGCCAAUGCCACGCAGAAAGAGGAGGACUCUGUGUUGUGGUCGACCAUCCUGCUCCCUGUGCUGAUAGCCACGGGGGUGCUGGUCUUUCUGCUGGUGGUCAUCGCGGUGACAGUGAAAUGCUGCCUGAACAGGCGGUCAAAGAAACGGGCCAUAAAGAAGGCGGAGAAGAUGGAGAUGAAAAGCAAAAACAGGAAAGAUUCCUUCUCAUUGGCCUAAACAGCCUAAUUGACCAAUGAGAAGCCAGGGAUACGAGGGAACAGAGCUGUGAUUGGCUGUGUUUAGUUACAAAAUUGAUUGUUUUUCAAUUAUUGGACAUUUUGAAGGCUUUUACCUGUGGACUCAAAAUAACCCCUGACCUCUAUCACAAACUGCUCACAGGUAGAUGUUCUUGAAUUCAUUAUUGGUUAAUUUAGAAAAGAUCAAUAAAUUAAGAACUGAGUUAACAUCUGAUCAGUUUCAUCUAAAUGACCCAAUAAAAUUCACGCGUUCUGCCUAGUAGCAGAACAAAUAGUUUAAAUACUUUUAAAUUCAUUUUACUGCUCAUUUAAAUUCACCUGUUUAAAUUCUUCUUUAUUUAAGAAUAUACUUAAUCUUCAUUCACUUCACUGUAAAUGUUUAAAGAAAAAGGUCGUUUCACUGCUGAAUGACAUGGAAGUUAACUUUACUUUGAAAAACUGAUGGUUUGGCUCAAUCUGCUGAUUUCCUGUUUUUGAGUAAUCUUUGAAUUAAACUUUAUUAAACUUUGUUACCUGA